AUGCUUGGCUUUGGCACCGUCGCCGUUGGAUCCGAGUCCUUCCGCGUCUCCAACACAAGCCAUACCACCGAUCCUGCCUCUCAUAGAGAGGCCCUGGCCCCGGCUGGCCCGGACACGGCCAUCGACCUGAUUCACUCGCAACUGGAGGAGGGGGUUCUCAGCCCGGUGGAUCAUGAGGAACCUAUUGCCGCUGAUGCUGAUGCCUGGAGGAGGGGGUAG